AUAUUCCGCGUCUUAAAAUAGAUCGUCUCAUCCGUGGUGCCGGGAUUUUCCAGUUAUUGUUAUCUUAACUGAUUGUUAAUCCAUUUUCCAUUGUAAAUUGUGAUAUUCUGUCAUUCUGCGGUUUUGCGAAGAGCUUCAGCUAUCAGCUGUUCAUUGUCAUUCCACAAUUCUCUAUGUCACAUUUUCAUUUAAAGUUGUUCAUUCACGAUCUGUUGAAAAUCCUAGAACGGUAAUCGCUGUUCGCCCUUUUUAACUUUUCGAUUUACCCAUCGGCUUGUGAGUUGUUGUGUUUUGUGAGAAAAAUUCGUGUACACGGACAUGGCGAACAACAUCGAAUAUCUAAUCGAUCCAUCGACGACCAUCUGCCAAGAAUUCGAAAAUAUCAGUAUUUCGUCAGCGACUGAAAAGUUUGUGGACGGAUACCAAAAUCCAGUCGCUUGGCAGAAGAAGUUUAAGGUGUGCGGCAAUCUGUCGAAGGACGUACUGUUCGAUAAUUUGGACAUGAAAGCCAUCACCCAGGACCAAUAUGGUAUGGAGCACGACACACUGCCGGAGUUUAUCAAAUGGAAACUAUUUGGUUAUAACAUAGUAAUAUGUUAUGAAUAUAUUGCUAAAGGAAAUGCAAAUAAAGCUUUAAAUAUUAUUGACGAAAUUGAGAACAUUUUAUCAUCUAUUGGAAACCAAGAUUCGUUUUUAAAAUCUAUUAAAAUAGCUCUCAAUCACAUAACAUUUUCAAUGAAAGGUUAUUUGUUCGAAUUAUGUUCAAUUAAAAAUAUGGUAUUGGAGCAUUUUAUUAUGCCAAAUAAUAUGAAUAAUGCAAAUAAAGCUGGAUUAUUUGGUAUUCAAUCAUUAUUCUUUUACGAGUAUGGUUUACCUUGUGCUCAAAUAGCAAAAGAUAGUGCACUUAAAGCAUUAUCACUAAAUGAAAACGAAGCUGAAUGGUAUUUUUUAAUGGCUAGAGUAUUAACAUAUUGGCAAAGAACAUGUGGCAAUUAUUUUGAAUGUUCUGAACAAGAAAUUAAAGCAUCUGAAAUGGCAGUUAAAAUUGGCAACAAGGAUCACCAUAAAUUGCAUUUAAUUCAUAUAUAUCAUAGAAUGAGUAAAAACAUGAAUAAAAAUAAAAAUGCCAAAAAUGAAAUUCUAGAAAAAGCAUUAAAAUUACUCAUUGAAGUAAUAGACAGCACAAAAGAUUAUCUUUUGCUAAAAAAUUGUUUACUCAGCUUAUCAAAAAUUGCUCAAAAUAAAGAAUAUAACAAUGACGUUGUAAUAAUUUUGGAACAACUUAUUGAUGUAUUAGAAUAUAGUGAUAAUGGUUAUGUUCAUGGAGCAAUUGGAAACUACUAUUUGUUUAAUAAAAGGGAUUAUGUAAAAGCCAAUUUUCAUCUUAAGAAAGCUUAUGAUGUCAAAAGCUUCGGUUGUUCCAUUGAUUAUAUUUAUACAUUCUUUAAAAUAAAUCCAGAAACUGCACCAGUAGAACAAAUGUUGGUAGACUUGUUAAAAACAUUUCCUCAUCCUGUGCAUCAAGAAAAACUUCUAAGUCAAAUUGUAUCAUAUCUUAUUCUAACCAAAAAUGAUCUCAUACGAGCGCUUAAAUACAUUCCAAUGUUAUUGAACAUUAAAAAUGUGACUUGUGUUUACAGUCUUAUGACUCAUAGAACCAAAUUUAGUAACUAUACUAAAGAUGUUAAAUUAAUAGAUGUUUUGUCCGAAGAACUUUCUUUAGCUCUAAGCUCUACAAAAUUAUCAACAGAUGAUAAAAAAAAAGUCACCGAAGUUAUAAAAAUUCUAGAGCCAUAUAAAUUAUAUGUAUCGAAUUUGAUGAAAAAUAAUGGACACAUUUUUAGAAACAAUGUUAUGAAUGAAUCUAAAGUUAAAACUACACAAUAUAAUAAUGAAACUGAACGUAAAGAAUCAUGGACCCAUAACAAUUAUAAACAGGCUGUGAAUUCUGUGAAGAAUAAGGAAGAAGGUAAUUGGAGGACUUUAAAACCAGAUUCUACUCCAAAAACUACAGUAUUUAUGCGUAAUAACCAAACUCAGAUUAAAAAACCGUGGUAUGGAAAUCAAGAUAAAUUAUAACUUGAACUAAUUAAAAAAAUAUAUUUCCCAUGAAAUGAAACUAUUUUAUAUUAUAUACUAUGCAGUUGUAAUUUUAAAUGAAUUAAUGUUAAAUCGUAGUAUGUAGCCAAACGUAACUAAUUCUUGUAUCAUUUUUAAUUUGAGCUAUUUUAAUUUAAAUUGUUUUUAAUUUAAUAAUAUUCUUUUCUAAAUUUGUUUUAAUAGACACCAAAACUGUUUUAUAAUUGUCAAUUGACUUGUUUAAAAAAUAUAUAAAAUAUCGUUCACAUGAA